AUGUCUCCUCCAGCGUUGUUUGUGUUUGAAGAUGAUUUAAACAGUAAAUGGAGCAAUGAAGAGUUGCACCGUCUCAGUGUUUUUGCCAGAGAAAACUCUAACCCUAAUUUCAAUAUCUUGGUGAAGAAUGCGGCUCUGCAGAACCAGCAUACCGUUUCCUCAGUUCUCUCCCGCCCAUCUGUGAAAGAUGAAAGCUUCAGAAUGGUCUUACCUCUGGUGAUGUCUCCACCGAGAGAUAAAGCCGUGCCACUUCCUGUUCUUCCCGAGCCGAUGAUGAAACCACAGAAGAAGCUUGGCCGCCAAGAAACCAUGUUUGCUGUAGGAAAAUCUCGGUAUCAUGAGAAAAACCUAAACCAUGAAGAAGAAGCUCUCAAAUGCAGUGCCUUCUGUUUAUCCCUCCUUGGUUUUGGGAAGAAAAAAACUGCGAGGUCACCGAAAAGGAAGGAUUCAUCUAUAAAGAAGAAAAUGAUCAAAGGGUCAUCGUUUUCAAACUCCAUUGUCUCCCUAGGUGCCUCAUUCGAGAAAUUUGAAUAUGGCUCAUGGGUUUCAGCAACUGCUCUGGCCCGAGAAAACGACCGAUUGUACUUCGACCUGCCGUUGGAGAUGAUCCAAUGUGGCCGUGGAGGCGGUGGAAAUGUGCAAGAACCGGUGAGUUCCGGUUUAUUGUUAGACAAGGAAACAGAAAGUUUAGCUUUGAAAAGUGUUCUGAAGACUUCUCUGUCCGGAAGGGAAGAAAGAAGUUUGGCUGAGACGUCUUCGCAACGCCUUGUCAGAUUCUCGAACAUGACCUCGGUUUCAUGCCCGACUUCACCUCGAUCGACUUGCUUAAAUGUUAAAGCUAGAGAUGACUUCAAUACGUUCUUUGCAGCACAGAAAGCGUGGAAAACUUAA